GAGCGGCCAUGGCGGUGCACUACUGCGCGCUGUGCCGCCGCUCCUCCUUCUCGGGCCGCCGGCACCUGUACAGCGCCGCACACCGGCGGCGGCUGCGGGAGGCGCUGGGCCGCCUGCAGGAGGAGGUGGCGGCGGCGCGGGCGGCGGCGGCGGCGGCAGGGGAGGAGGAGGAGGGCGGCGGCGGCGCGGCCGUGCUGCGCUACGACCCGGCGGAGCACGACCGGCGCGUGUGGUGCCCGUGCUGCGGGCGCGGCGUGCGGCGGGACGGGCGGCGGGGGCCGCUGGCGCUGCCGGGGGCCGCGCUCCUCCAGCACCUGGCCGGGGCCGAGCACCGCCGGGAGACGGCGCGGUUCUGGCGGGAGCAGCGGGCGGAGGCGGCGCUGCGGGAGCACUGCGUGGUGCCGGCCGAGGAGUACGAGCGCUAUGCGCGAGCGCUGGAGCGGGCGGUGGCCGCGCACCAGCGGCGGGAGGAGGAGCGCAUCCGACAGAUGGCAGCUGACAUCCGGGAGGCCGAGCGCAGGCAGCGGGAGACGGUGCGGGCCGCCCUGCAGCUUCAAACGGAGCCAGAGCCUCGCGCAGGACCUGCCUCCCAUGGCCCCCCGGCAGCACCCCAGAGGCUGCCUCUGUGUUCCACGGACACCUCUCAUGAUGCAGAGCAGCCUGGCCCAAGUGGGACACACAUGGGACCUGACUUAAACUGGAUGGAGCCCAGCCAGGCUUUGACCUUCAUCGGCCACCAGGAUACAGAAGGGAAAGGCAACGUUCACACAGGUGCAAAACCUCCAUGGCUAAUGGAGGAGGAGGAGGAGGAAGAGGAGGGAAGCAAACAAAUUGGACCUUCAUACGAGGAAUUUCUCAAACAAAAGGAGAAGCAGAAGCUGAGGAAGCUGCCCCCCGAGCGCGUGGGUGCCAACUUUGACCAUACCUCUCAGACCAGUGACAGCUGGCUCCCUUCCUUCGGGCGUGUGUGGAACCACGGCAGGAGGUGGCAGUCCAGGCAUCAAUUUAGAACUGAAUCGGGGGAAAAGAAAAAAAGGUGAUCAGGAGAGGAGCAGGGAAGAAAACAAGCUCUGUUGUGGGAAGGUGGACUGCAGGAAGCUGCAGCUUUGUCAGUGCUGCUAUGCAAAGUUUAGUGCUCUUAUUUAAUACCUACAUCUGGUUGUGUUUGGUGCCUGGCCACAGUGCAGCAGUCCCACCACCAGCAGCUCCGGUGCCAUGUGUCCUGUGCCAAUGUGUAGCAUCACAUCCCAUUAAACACAUGAGGUUUUGAGAAAUAAACUUUUAUAAUUUAAAUAAAA